AUGUUUGCAUGUCUGAGUCCUGCUGACAACAACUACUAUGAAACUCUGAGUACUUUGUGCUAUGCAAAUCGUGCAAAGAAUAAUAAGAAUAAACCCAAGAUCAGUGAAGAUCCAAAAGAUGCACUUCUAAGGGAAUACCAGGAGGAAAUCCAGAAACUUAAAGCAAUGUUGAUGGGGCAGAUGGAAAUUCCAACAGAUUUUGCAACAGCUGGAGCCCAGCCCUUUGUUCCUGCUCGUCCUAUAGCUGCCCCACCAGAGGAUCACACAGUCAUUGUGGCCAGGGAAACUGAAAAUCUCAGGCAAGAGUAUGAGGCAAAGCUGGCUAAGAUGAAAUCAUCUUAUGAAGCAGAACUUAUGUCCAAACAGAAGCUCCAAGUAGAAAUGGAACAGCUACAAAAUGAUUACAACAGAAAGGCACACAAUGUUGAAGAACAGUACAGUGGCAGGACUGCUUUGACAACAGUCACCCCAGUAGGGGUGGGGACAGGUGAUCUGCCAGAAGAGAGUGCUAUCAGUAUGAUUGCCUUGGCAAAUGAGACGGAUCAGCGACCAAACGCAAGAUUAGAUGUGAUAACAGGACCUUUACAAGGCAUGCAAGAUUCAGGCCAUGAUCAGAGUAGUCAGAGUGCAUUUCAGGUGGUUCAAGACAAGGCUUUUAAGGGUGUCCAGGGGGUGAAAAGCCUUAUACCAGGACUUGAAGACUUACGGUUUUUAAGUCAGGGCCUUCCAAACGAUGCACUGGUCAAAACACUGCAAGAACUUCAAGAGAAAUUUGUGGGUGGCGAGAAAAAAAAUGACCAGAGGUUAAAAGAGAAGAGAAAGGCAAGGAAAAACUAUGCUCUGUCACAAAGAGAAAAACUUGCCAAGGCAGCCAAGAAGAUGGAAGAUGAUGGAAUAAUGGUUAAAGUUUACGAUAAUUUACAGGAUGAAAUAAAAGGCAAGAACAAUGUCAUCAAUGAGAUGCAAGGGAAAUUAAAGUCUGCGCAGUCAGAGUUCGACGAUCUGCAAACAGAAUUCGAACGCGAUCGUGAAGAUUACUUGGAAACGAUUCGUAAACAGGAGCAAAUGAUAAAGCUUCAGCAACAAAUUUUAGAUAAGAUACAGCCAUGCAUUCGCCGUGACUGUAAUUAUUAUAACAUUGACAAGAUGCGCGCGGAGAGCUCGUGGAGCGACGAAUUAGGAAAAUGGAACAUCCCUGAACUUGUCAUUACGAAGACGACUCUUCCAACCCCAGGGAUUAUGCCGGGUGCGGGUACCCCCGCCCGAGGCCGGAAGUCCCCCAUUAAUAGACCCCAGAUGAACAGUCAAAGCCAACCUGUUAAUGGACACAUGGGGGGGUAUCCUGAGGAGCCAAGCGAAGAUCUCUUUCUGAAACAUCUCUCGCGGAGCUCUCAUGAAGAUUACGCAUCGAGUUAUUUUAAACCCAAGAGAGCUGGCCGCCUUUUGGCUGAGAACAACCGGUUUGAACGAUUCGACAGACGAGAGUCACCACCCUCAGGGGGAUCCCGCCCUCCGCUCGGAUUCCUAGGGGCUGGAGGAUCAAGCGGAAACUUAACCAGUGGGGCAUCCCAGGGAAGUGUGGGCGGGAUGCCCGCUAUGGGAAGACCGGUCAGACUUGAAUCACUGCACAUGCCUGGAGAAAAGGAGAAAAAGAAAAAGAAGAAUAAGAACGUAGACGAGAAAAGAAAGGAAGAUUGGUGA